AAGUCAGUACUGCCGGGGACCGGACCGGGGAGACAUCCACAGGUCCGCAGGUGACAACUUCAAAAAUGAAGGAGUGUCUCUUCCUGCUUGCUGCAGGUUUACUUCUUUGCCAGCUGGACGCACAAGUUGCGAGCAGAGUGAAGCGUCAGAACACCAACGAAUGCCUGAGCAGUCCGUGUCAAAACGGGGCCGUUUGCCUGGAUGGACAAGGCCAGUAUACCUGCCUGUGUACGACAGGAUGGGCAGGGACCAACUGUGAUCAAGUUCUGACCUCCCCUGAUAACAGGGGAACAGAAUUCAUGCUUGGAUUUCUGCAGAAUUACCAGCCUCCGCAGUUGGAACUCUUCAUCACCAGUGCAAGCCCGACUCCAACAGCAGUUACGGUUUCUGCUCCUGGGGUUGGAUUCAAUCAACAAGUGACUGUUUCCAGCGCUGCAGUUCAGAUUGUAAAUCUACCACUAUCUGUAAUGAUGAACGGCGAUGAGCGGGCUCAGAAAGGUAUCCUUGUCACCGCUGACACCGAAGUCAUCGUCUACGGAGUCAAUAAGGUUGCAGCCUCAACAGAUGGGUUUCUUGGACUCCCGGUGGACGUUUUGGGUAAUGAGUAUUACGUCGCAUCGUACCCAUCAAGGUACUCAUUUCAUCCAUCUGAAUUUGGAAUCGUUGGGGUGUAUGACAACACUACCGUUACAGUCACUCUGAGCGCUCCCACAACUCAUCAAGGGCAGUCAUACGAGGCAGGAAGUUCGGCCACCCUCUUACUCAACCGGUUUGAAGCUGUCCAGUUUAAAAGUACAUCUGACGUAACAGGAUCCUAUAUUGUAGCUGACAAUCCCGUUUCCGUCAUGUCUGGAAGUGAGUGCACUAAUGUUCCAAACCAUUUCCAUGCCUGUGACCACCUAGUGGAACACAUCCCUCCUGUGAGUACCUGGGGUGAGAGGUUUGUCACCGUUCCCCUGGCAGUCCGCACAGGCGGGGACAUCUUUCGCAUCGUCGCUUCCGAAGAUGGCACAGACGUUGAUGUGACAGGCCUGUCCACUCAUUCAAUGAACUCUGGUGAUUUCUGGGAAUUAGAUAUCCCGUCAAAUGAGUAUCGAGUCAUCUCUUCUACUGCUCCAAUCAUGCUGUUGCAGUACAGCAAGUCCCAGGGGGCAGACGGUAUCAACACAGACCCGUUCAUGAUGUACGUGCCUCCAAUCGAACAGUUCGCUGCUGACUACACGUUCGCCACAGUGGACUCCCCCUCCUCUCCUUACACCAGUUACGUCAACAUCAUCAUCAAGGCAUCGGAGACAGCCGGACUGAGGUAUGACGGAAACGCUCUUCCUUCUAGCACGACGUGGACGGCGAUUCCCGGAACAGAUCUGGUCGGAACACAGCUCAACAUCGCGACAGCAGGGACUCACAAGCUGAAGCAUAUUUCUGCAAUCGUUCAAUUUUCAAUUUUCUACUAUGGGUUCGCGUCCUAUGAUUCAGUGGGAUUCCCAGGUGGACUGCGCCUAGCUAGUUUCUCCAACAACUGCGUCAUGACCGUACCGAUGGCCGGGGAUGGAGUGGACAACGACUGCGACAGGCUCGUGGACGAAGAGUUGCUGAACGGCAGGGAUGAUGACGGCGACGGCCUGAUUGACGAAGACUUAGCUGACGUCAACCAUGACGUAGAUGAGUGUGCGUUGGGCUGGGACGACUGCCACGCCGACGCAGAUUGUGUCAACACGCACGGGUCGUACAGGUGUCAGUGCCGCCCUGGCUUCACCGGUGACGGUCGUGACUGUUGGGCGAGGGCCAUCUGCCGGGCGUAUGGCGACCCUCAUUACUACACGUUUGAUGGAGAGCUGAUCCACUACCAGGGCCACUGCACCUACCGACUGGCUCAGAACUGCAGGAACGAGAGUCUCCCUUAUUUUAACGUCGAGGCUGAGAACGAGGCUCGCGGGAACCCGUCAGUCACCUGGGUCACGGCGGUUUACUUGGACGUCUUCAACGUCAGUGUCGCAAUCAAGAAGAACAAAGUCGUCUUUGUCGACCUUGUCCAGGUAACUCCCCCUGUUGACCCUCACCCCGAAGUCCGGGUCAGGUUUUCCGGUACUUUCGUCACCAUAGAGACGGACUUUGGCCUGAAGGUGUCGUUCGACGGGUGGCAUCAUGUCGAGGUCAUCCUACCGGAGACGUACCGUAGCGCCACCUGUGGUAUCUGCGGGAACUACAACGGGAUAUCGGCAGAUGACUACUUGACUUCCAAUGGCACUUUGGCUGGGGACGCGAUGACGUUUGGAGACUCUUGGAGGGUUCCAAAAGAGGGAGAUGGAGACAGGUGCGACGUUACCACGGAACCAGAGUGUGGGGGAGAACUACAAGAUAUCGCCACCAGGAUCUGUGGGAUUCUUCGUGAUCCGGACAGCGCAUUUCAACCCUGCUUCCAAAUUUUGAGCCCAGAGCCGUCCUUAUUGACAUGUGUGUAUGACGUGUGCGCGCUGAUAGGAGACACCGUCUCUCUCUGCACAAACCUGCAAGCUUACGCUGACGCAUGUGCAGAAGCGGGCGUCAACGUAGGGGCAUGGAGAAACUCGUCAUUCUGCCCCCUGCCGUGCCCUGCGAACAGCCAGUAUAACCCCUGCUCCAGCGCGUGUCCGGCCACGUGUACGGACGUGUCCGCUCCUGACUACUGUAACCGUACAUGUGUGGAGAGCUGUGAGUGCGAGCCCGGGUACGUCCUGAGCGGACAGGACUGCGUGCUGAGGGAACAGUGUGGCUGCACCAGGAAUGGCAGAUACUACAUGGUUGGUGACAGUUGGGGGGAGGACUGUGACCGGCGCUGCACGUGUGUCAGUAGGAACAACAUCCAGUGCACUGACGUCAGCUGCCACGCAGACGCCUACUGUGGAAUUCAAAAUGGCGUCCAAGGAUGCCAUUGCAACCCUGGGAACGUCGGAAACGGAACAAUUUGCGAAGUUUUCGACCCGUGUGAAAACCAGCCUUGCCGUAACGGUGGUCAGUGUGUGGACGACAACAAUGGCGGAUACAGGUGCCAAUGUGCAGGACGAUGGACCGGUACCAACUGCGAUGAGGGUUCCACCUGUACAGCGUCAGGAGACCCGCACUACUGCACGUUGGACGGGCGGACCCACCACUUCCAGGGACCGUGUCGGUACACAUUCGCCAAGGAUUGCAGCGACAGUUCCGACUUUAACGUGGAAGUGCAGAACAUGCCCUUGUCUAUCUCCCCUCCCAUCUCCAUCACACGGGCCAUGUACGUGGAAGUGUAUGGUUACAGCAUCUCAAUCACGGCUGGCAGGAGUCUUAAGGUUGAUGGCGUUUCCUACACCCCGCCUGUGACUCUGGGUAUGGGGGAGGUUCAGAUCUUCCUGUCCGGAGGCUUUCUUGUGGUGCAAACGGAUUUUGGACUAGAGGCGUCUUUUGAUGGGUAUCACUAUGCAAAAGUGUUCGUACCUGGGGAGUAUUCUGGAGUGGUGUGCGGCCUCUGCGGUAACCUGAAUGGUGACCCUAAUGAUGACUUCCUGACGUCAUACAACACGACUGCCUCAGACUGGACUGAGUUCGGGGACAGCUGGUUAACUGACUCAUCAAGCUGUCCCAUAGGGCCAACCCCUCCCCCGCCGCCCAGCUGUGACGACAUCCGGGCAACCAUAGAAGGUCCAACAGCGUGUGGCCUCCUGACCCUUACAGACGGACCGUUUAGAUCCUGCCGUAGUGCCGUCAGCCCGACACGAUACUUCAACGACUGUGUGUUCGACAUGUGCGGGUGGCAGGGCGCGAGGGGACUGUGUGAGAACCUGGAGGCGUACGCCUUGGACUGCAGAGCAGCAGGGUUAUCACCAAUGGUCUGGAGAACUGCUGAGCGCUGCCCUCUGAGCUGCCCGUCCCACAGCCGGUACUCCCCCUGUAUCAGCGCCUGUCCAGCCACCUGCUCCGACCCAGCGGCUCCCGACAGGUGUACCCGGUUCUGUGUAGAGGGUUGUGCGUGCCUGCCGGGGUACAUCAGGAGUGGGGAGGCGUGUGUUCCGGCCAAUCACUGCGGGUGUAACCAGGGUGGGAGAUACUUUGAGAUUGGUGAGACAUGGGGAGUUGGCUGUGACCGUAUCUGCACCUGUGUCAGCACCGACAAUAUAGAGUGCAGGGAGGUCCAGUGUGACGUCAACGCUUGGUGCGGGGUUCAGGACGGAAGGGAGGGAUGUCACUGUAACUAUGGAUACAACGGCGACGGAACAAGCUGUGAACCUGUCGUGGCACGCUGCAGUGCAUCAGGCGAUCCUCACUACUACCCGUUUGACGGAGGGGCUCACCACUUCCAAGGACCGUGCAGGUACAUCCUAGCUAAGGACUGCGGCAACAGCAGCGACUUUACCGUGAUGGCACAGAACGUCCCGAUCUGGCCGGGUGCGGGUAUUUCUGUCGUGCGUGAGGUAUUCGUGGAGGCGCACGGAUUCGUGGUGGGGAUUCACCAAGGAAAGGCUGUCACUGUUGGUGGAGUGCCACACACCCUCCCCUUCAGCCUGGCAGGUGGUACGGUCGAAGUCAGCCUGAGUGGGCGGUUUGUCCGGGUUUUCCUGUCAAACUUCAGCGUUGAAGUUCUCUACGAUGGUUCUCACGAAGUCCAGGUUGAGGUUCCUGGUGACUACUCGGGACAGAUGUGUGGUCUGUGCGGAAACUAUAACGGAGACACAAGCGAUGACUACAUGACACCAGACGGAACCGUUGUUGGAGACUGGAACACCUUCGGAGACAGUUGGCUCACCAACUCUGACACUUGUCCAGGAGGUCCUCAACCAACCCCGCCUCCCCCUUGUAACGACGCCGUCCAAGCAGCUGCCGAGUCGGCUGACAAUUGUGGACUGCUUACAAAUACUGCCGGCCCCUUUGGUGUCUGCCACGGUACCGUGGAUCCUGAACGUUUCUUCACCAGCUGCGUGUUUGACAUGUGCGCGUUGAGCGGAGACGCCGUGGGACUGUGUCAGAAUCUGGAGGCGUACGCUGCCGCCUGUCGGGCAGCUGGUGUGGCGCCGUUUUCCUGGCGGACAGAAGGGCGAUGUCCUGGAGUUUGUGCAGUGAACAGUGCGUACUCUACAUGCACCAGUUACUGCCCUGCGACCUGCGCGAACCCCAACUCAGAAGACCAUUGUCCCCGCGGUUGUGUGGAAGGUUGUGGAUGUGAUCCUGGCUUCAUCCUUAGUGGACAGGAGUGUGUUCCAGAAGAGCAGUGUGGCUGCACCGACGAUGGAGGGCGUUACUACAUGCUUGGAGAACGUUGGACAGAGGAGGACGGACAGAACUGUGUCUGCGAAGCUGGGAAUGUCAUCACGUGUGUGGCGUGCGAUGAAGAUGAAGGCUACCAGUGGAUACUGAGGGAUGAUGUCUGGGGAUGUCACUGUGUGGAGGGCCCCUGUGCUGAUGAAUGCAGGUCUGAUCCAUGUCAAAAUGGCGCCACUUGUAUCGACAAUGACAACGGAUACACCUGCAAUUGUGCUGCUGGCUAUAAAGGAGUUAACUGUGAAACAGAAUUGUCAUGCUCCGACCUGCAUCCUGGCGUUAAACCUGCCAAGAACUUCGGCAGGUACCAGAACUAUUGCUUCUGGUCCUCCUCCAGGAGAAACCGGCGGCGCAACUACAGGGACGCCCGGCAAAAGUGCGAGUCUUAUGGCGGGACGCUGGCUAUGAUAAAAGACGAAGGUAUACAGACAUUCCUUAGAGAGCACCUGAAAACUACAAGCGGUGGUGCAACUCAAAGGAACUACUGGAUCGGCCUGGAUGACCUGAACAGUGAGCGUCAGUUCGUGUGGAAUGACGGGACCCCACUGGGAUCCUACCACAAGUUCCGGUCCAGCAGCCCCCAUAAACUGAGGGACUGUGUGGCGCUGUGGAGGACGGGAAAACUGAGCCGUUGGUACAUACUGAGCUGCCGGGACCGACUGCCAUUCAUCUGUCAGACGGACUACGAUGUGAACAAGUAAGAUGAUGACGCGCGUGACGUCAGCCUAUCAACCUUAUGACGUCAGAGAAACAUCGCAACAAACGUUAGAUCAAC